AUGAAAUCCCUCUUCCUCCAGACUGCUCCCCCUUUAGAUCCAGCAUGGCUCGCCUUCGAAGAAGAGUUCGCCCUCAACAAACCCCGUCAAGAGCUCCCCAUAGCCGAGCACCAGGCCGCCUACGCAGCAGAAUGCCGUUCACUCAACGCCAAAAUGCUAGCCCCCGGAGCUCGUGAUGACCAUCUCUCCCUAAACGUGACCAAGACCGAGUUCACCGUUCCAUCGACGCUCGCCUCGCCAUCCGUUGAUGAAGCAAACCGUUACCAAAUCCCGGUAAUACGCUAUGAGCAUGCUACCACUUCCCCGGCAAAUGACAGCGCCGCACCGCCUUCCCAAGCUCAGAAGCAACCAGAUAUCACAACGUCUACUCACUCACCUACCGUCUCAUGCCCACUUACUCCGCUCAAGACAGUCUCUCCGACUGUCUAUCCGUUCUCAACUUCAUCCCUCAACCAACACCAACACCAGCACAGCGACAACAAGAACAACAACAACCACAAACUCAUCCUAGCAGGAAGUUCCUCCGGCGGACAACUCGCCGCCCUCCUCUCCCAACACGCCACUGCCCUUGGCACCACCAUCCACGGCGUCCUCCUCCGCUGUCCCGUAACCAGCGACGCCUUCAGCGGCCUGGACCCUUACGUGCCGCUGCACUUUCGGCACCUGCACACCAGCGCCUGGCAUCCUUCCUUCUGGAACUCGCUGUUGGGCCAGAUGAAGCGGGCGAGGAUGCCGCUCGAGGCAGAAGAGGAAAUACUGAAGAGACUGCCGAGGACGUGGAUCCGGCUGUGCACGAACGACAGUCUGUACUCGGAUGGGGCGUUGGAGGAGGUCAGGGUCGAGGUGAGGGUCGAUGUGGCGCCGGGGUUGGAGAGGGCGUCGGAGGCGGAGGAGGAGAUGGUUAGGGGGCUUGUUUGGUUGCUUGGUUGA